ACUAUUCUUCUCCUUUUCAUCCUUUCUAAAAGAAAGCAGGAAGCAGGUUCAUUUCAUUUACAGAAGUGCGCAGUAUUUCAGAGCUGCUGUUCAACACAAGGGAUUCAGAAGAGGAAAUAGAAAGAGCUUUGAAUAUCGUUUGAUAAGACAACCCAAAGAUGACGUCAGAGCAGCUUCUCGCCACACUGCAUACUCUAGACAAAGAAAAACUGAAGAGGUUUAAAUGGCACUUAAAACAAGAUGCUCACGCUUCAGCUGUCAAUCUAGAGAAUUCAGACACUGUUGACACAGUGGAUCUGAUGAUGGCAUGUUGUGGACCAGAAAGAUCUGUGAAGAUCACACUGAACAUCUUGAGAAAGAUGAAACUGAACCAUCUGGCUGACGAUUUAGAGAACAAACUAAAAGCUCCAGCCCAGAUGAGAAGCAGUGCUCAGAUCGGUGUCAGUGUUGAUGUAAACGCUGAAACAGGUGCAUGUGUCAGUGUUCCUGUAUUCACUGGCAACACCAUCACAGGACCAGUGACCAUUUAUGCCUCGCAUGCUGCUGGAAAUGGUAUAUCAGAGAAAAACUCAGAAAAUCAAGAAUUUUUAAGACUGCAAAAGUUCUUGGAAACUCACAAAACCAACAUGAAGAAGAAAGCAAAAUGUAUUUUUGAGGGCAAGAAAGAAAAUAAAGCGCAUCUCAAAGAUGUUUUCACAGAACUAUUCAUCACAGAGGGAGAUAUUGAAGAAGUCAAUCAGGAACACGAGAUUCUGAAGAUUGAUGAGGCUUUCAGGAAGAAAAUAACACAGGGGAAACCAAUCAAAUGCAAUGAUAUGUUCAGCUUAUUGCAGGAAAACAGUGAUAAGAACACCGUGUUGACUAAGGGCAUCGCUGGCAUUGGAAAAACGGUGUCUGUGCAAAAACUUAUCCUGGACUGGGUGUGUAUAGACUGUGUGUUCCUUUUUCCAUUUCGAGAGAUAAACACGUUAAAAGACAGAGAGGUCAAUCUACAUGAGUUUCUACAGGUAUUCUAUCCUAAACUGAAGGAAUUGGAAAAAUCUAUUAAAGUAAAGUUAUACAACAAAUGUAAUCUAUUUAUUUUUGAUGGACUUGACGAGAGUCGACUUCCUUUUAGCUUUAACAGUGGAAUUCUGCCUAAUUGUGAGGAAAAAUCAUCUGUAGAUGUGCUGUUUAUAAAUCUGGUAAAAGGAACAUUGCUUCCAUCAGCUCUUGUCUGGGUGACAUCACGACCAGCAGCAGCCAAUCAGAUCCCUCCUCAGUAUGUGGGUUUGUUCACAGAGGUGCGAGGAUUCACUGACCAACAGAAGGAGGAGUACUUCAGAAAGAGAUUCACAGAUGAGAGUCUGUCCUCCAGAAUCAUCUCACACAUUAAGACGUCUCGUAGUCUCUACAUCAUGUGCCACAUUCCUGUGUUCUGCUGGAUCACAGCCACAGUACUUCAGGAUAUUCUCAUCAAAAACAGUGCAGAGAACAUCAGCACAACACUCACUGAAAUGUACAUUCACUUCCUGCUGAUACAGAUGAACAUGAAGAACCAGAAGUAUGAUGAACAAGAAGAAAGACAAGGCACAAAGCUCUUACUUUUAAAUAGAGAAAUGAUUCUGAAGUUAGCCAAGCUUGCAUUUGAACAGCUGAAGAAAGGAAACAUUGUGUUCUAUGAGAAAGAUUUAGAAGAAUGUGGUAUAGAUGUGAGUAAAGGCACUGAGUUCACAGGAAUGAUCGCUGAGAUCUUUAAGAUGGAAGAUGGACUUCAUGAGACGAAAGUCUUCUCCUUUGUGCAUCUGAGUGUUCAGGAGUUUCUUGCUGCAGUGCAUGUGUUCAUCUGUUACCUGAACAAGGACAUGCAGGAGCUUCAGUUUUUCUUUGACAAGCCAAAAAAAAAUGUUACAUUGCAGGAGCUACUGCAGAAGGUGGUUGAUAAAGCCUUGAAGAGUCAGAGAGGACACCUUGACCUGUUCCUGAGGUUUCUGAUGGGUGUUUCACUGAAAUCUAGUGAAAACCUGCUCCAAGGCCUGAUUACACACACUGAAGACACCACAGAGAGCAUCAAAAAAACAACUAAAUACAUUAAACAAGUACAAAAUGGGUACUUCAUCUCAGAUGAAGCUUCUGUCAAUCUAUUCUACUGCUUGCUUGAGCUCAAAGAUCAUUCAUUAUAUGAGGAAAUCCAGAGUUACCUCAGUUCAAAUGAACAUCCAGGAGAUCUCUCAUCUUCAAUGUGCACAGUGUUGACCUACAUACUACUGAUGUCUGAGAAGGUGCUGGAUGAGUUCAACCCAAAGAGAUUCACAACAUCUUCAAAUUACACCAGACUGGUUUCUGCUGUUAGAUGCUGCCGAAAAGCCCUAUUAAAUGGUUGUGAUCUCUCUGGCCAGCACUGUGAAGUUUUUUGUUCUGCUCUACAAUCAUCAAACUCUCAUCUGAGAGAACUGGAUCUGAACAACAAUCACCUAAAGGAUUUAGGAGUGAAGCUGCUUUCUGCUGGCCUGAAGAGUUCACACUGUCAACUAAACAUACUAAGGCUAUCUGGGUGUAAACUCACAACUCAGUCCUGUGAAAGAUUGUCUUUAGCUCUGCAGUCCUCAAACUCUGUCCUGAGAGAGCUGGACCUAAGUAACAAUGACCUGCAGGAUUCUGGAGUGGAGCAUCUCUCAGAUGCACUGAAGAGCUGUAAGCUGGAGAUACUGAGACUUUCCAUAUGUAAACUCACUGGUCAGUCCUGUGAAAGUUUGUCUUCAUCUCUACAAUCUUCAAACUCUGUCCUGAGAGAGCUGGACCUGAGUAACAAUGAUCUGGAGGACUCUGGAGUGAAGCUGCUUUCGGAUGGACUGAAGAACUGUAAGCUGGAAAUACUGAGAUUUUCUACAUGUAAUCUCACUGCUCAGUCUGUUGAGAGUUUAUCAUUAGCUUUACAGUCAUCACACUCCCAUCUGAAAGAACUGGAUGUAAGUAACAAUGACCUGCAGGAUUCAGGAGUGAAGCUUCUUUCUGAUGGACUGAAGAGUCAAAACUGUAAGCUGGAGAUUCUGAGAUUGUCUGGCUGUAUGGUGACAGAGAAAGGCUGUGGUUAUGUGUCUUCAGCUCUGACUUCAAACCCCUCACACCUGAGAGAGCUGGAUCUGAGCUACAAUCAUCCUGGAGAUUCAGGAGUGAAGAUUCUCUCUGAAAAACUGGAGGAUCCAAACUGCACACUGGCAAAACUCAAUGUGGAUCACGGAGGAGAGAUCAGGAUUACAGCAGGACUACAAAAAUAUGCUUGUUCUCUCACACUGGAUCCAAACACAGCAAACACUCAACUCAUUCUGUCCGAGGAGAACAGAAAGGUGACACAUGUGGAAGAAGAUCAUUAUAUAAUAAGAUUCGAUGCGUGUCAGGUGUUGUGUAGACAGAGUUUGUGUGGACACUAUUACUGGGAGAUCGAGUGGAGUGGAGAUAAUGGUGUGUUUAUAUCGGUGUUGUAUAAGAGCAUUCACAGCUACGGACAGAGUUGUAAGCGUUGGUUUAGACAUGAUGAUCAGUCCUGGAGUUUGAUCUGCUCUCCCUACAGUUACUCAUUCAGACACAAUAACAUAGUGACUGAUCUAAAUGUGAAGCCCAUCAGCAGCAGAACAGAUCUGUUCGAUAAGAUUUUUAGAAUAGCAGUGUUUGUGGACCACAGUGCAGGAACUCUGGCCUUCUACAGCAUCUCUGACACGAUGAGCCUCAUCCAUGCAGUCCACACAACAUUCACUCAACCGCUCUAUGCUGGGUUUAUCGUUUAUCCUGGGUCAUCAGUGGAACUGUGUUGAUGAAUGAGAACAGACUGAGGAGAGAUUCUACCCAUUAUACUUCUACACAUUAUACACAUUAUACUAGAUGUGUGAUAAAUCAGUAGCAGUAAGAUGUCUUGUGUAUGACCUUGCCUGUUUACUCUGACCACUGUCUCUUCGGAUCACACUUGUAUUCCUGUAACCUGUUCGGAUUGAUAUUUGUGUCACGACCAUUGCCUGUAUUAUUGUCUGUGCUAUCUGGAAAUCCCUUGAACUUGUUUGCCGAUCGGACUGCUUAACUGCCUGUUGUAUUUUACUCCUCUCUGAGGGACUGUCCCAAUAAACCUCCAUCAGUCAUCAGCAUCCUCAAAACAAUCAGUCACAAUGCUAUUGUAAUAUGUAAAUUUUACCCAGAUUUGCUCCAAAUGAUUCAUUUAAUAAAGAUAUUUUUCUUAAAUGCCUCUGGAAA